AUGCACUUUGCUGUUGUAUGUACAGCGUGCAAAGAAAGUUGUGUCCGAUAGCCUGGGGCUAGUGGAUUUUGCUAUCGGACUAGUGAUUUUUGCUCUUAACUUGCCCGAUGGGCAAGUGCUGUUUUUUUGGGGGAAAUUCAAAUUGCAGAAGGAUUGUAAUCAAUCCUGCUAAUCAAAAAUUGUUUUGGGCUAAUUGAAAUGACUUAGUGUGAGCUAGUAUAUGCUAGCUACAGCUUGCCCAAAUGGCAGACUGUAAAACUGACUUUCUUGGCACCCCAGUGUAUAAUCUUUUUCUUCAUAACUUCACAUCAAGUAUCUCAAAUAAUCAGCUUUAUUUAGCUGGAGGGAGCACAGAGGGUCUAAACUUCCCACCCCCAAUACCUUGCAUUCUUGGCUUCCUCCCGUUUUUUCUUAUUUACAAUGGGGUUAAUUACAAUAUUAGUGAAGAUUUCAUUUUAGGGUAUGAAACAAUAGCCACACUUGUAGAAUUUUAUUGAAUUUACCCCUGGGAUUAAGUUUUACACUUGAACCAGAAACUCAUAAGGAGUUUAAAACCCCUUAUGGGUUUCUGGUUGAACCCCAUUAUUAGUAACCACCCCCAGGGUACUGGUAAUUGGCCGCUUAAUGGAGACUGGCCACUCAAUAGAUGUUUGUCAUAAAUUACAGCUGUAGCAUAAUCUCUAGAAGAAACAAUCAUUUAAUUUGAAACAAACAUGCAUGCGAUGGGAGGGACAUUACUGGUUGUCAAUCAGUCAUCACCUUCCAUCACUUGGUCCGGGGGCGGGGAGGGUGGGGAACUAUAAUGGGGUCAUAUUUUCAAUAGAUUCACUAGAAUGGGGUCGCACAUUUUCUGAGUUUUGGGGGGUAGGUCAGUUCUUCAUAUUUACGGUUAGCAAAUGUACCAGAAUGUUUGUACUGUAGAUGAAAAGUAAAGUAUUCUUCAUUUAAUCUAAAAAUGGGUCAAUUCAUAAAAAUAGAAAGUGACUACCGGUAAGUUGGGAUCCUGAAAAUUAUAUAUUUGCCCAAAAGUGACUAAGAUGGGGUCUAUAACUGGCCACAGAAUAGACUAUAAUGGGGUAGGGGCUCUGAGAGGCCAGCAGCACAUACCCAGCAAAAAUUAACUCAAGUACCCCUCCCCCCCUCCCCUUGGCAUCUUGGACUGUAUUUUCCUUCAUCAGAUAUUUAAAACAAAGUUACACAAAGUGUAUCAAGGGCUUAAUAGCUGCUUAAUAAGAUGGCUGCUAGACUUUGAGCAGUCUCUCUUUUUCUGCAGAUUUAGUGUGGGGAGUGCAUGUGUGCAUGAGCGCCUUCAGUAACAUGCGUGGUCAUUUGCUUGUCUUGCGCAUUGCGCUCGACAGACAGAGAAAAAAGAGAGGCUGUUCAUCAUGUAGGUGUCUGCAUAAUGGAGGUUCAACCGUUUUUGCUAGAGUAUGAUUUCCAACAUUUUUGUAGGAGACCAAAAAGUUGUUUGAUGGGAGGCCAGACAUCCUUAUCCUUAAUCAUCUGACACCAAUAGUUUAUGACCUGUGGAAUGAGAACAGCGACCUCAAGAAACUCCCACAAUACUAUGCAGUUAACACCAUUAGCUACAUUAACAUAGCAACAUUACUUCUUCCUGAACUCCACAAGACUAAUGGAAGCAUUGUAGUAGUGUCAUCAUUUGCAGGGGUUGUCUCAACGCCAAGGGCUGCGUCAUACUGUGGCAAUAAGCAUGCUCUACAUGGAUUUUUUGACACUUUGAGGCAAGAUUUGGCAAUCCAAGGACAACGAGACAUCACUAUAACCCUGUAUGUCCUUGGAUACAUAGAUACAAAGAAUGCUCGUACGGGAACAAAAGGUACUCCAGUUUAUGACAGUGUUAAACCUGAGCCUGUCAAUGAAUGUGCUCUUGCUAUGAUCAAAGGAAUUGUUCUCAGAAAGCGGCAGGUGUAUUUUCCCUGGUACCUUAGCAUUGUAGAAAGAGUACAUUUCUUUUUUCCAGACUUUGUAGAAAGUGUAAUCCAAGUUGCAACUAAUGAAAAACCAGUCCAUGACAUGUGGAAUUGGUAG